CACUGUUUGUGAUAAAAUCUUUAAAAUUUGAACCAAAAUUGAACGUCAUCAAAAUCAAAACACAGUGUCACUUCCACUACUGAUAAGCCAUGGAAGGUUUAUCAGUAGCCUCACCAAGUCUCUCUCUGCAAAUCCACUCCUUCCCGCCAAAAACUCGCUUCACCGCCACCGGCGGUGACAACCCUAACAACCACCACGCCUUCAAGCUCCACGCUUUAUCACGACGACGCCGAAAACCUCCGAAAUUCGAAGAAAACGACGCGUUUCCGGACUCGUUACCGCUCCACACGAAGAACCCACACGCCGUUUACAAGGACAUACAAAGAUUCGCGAGGCAGAACAAGCUCAACGAGUCCCUGGCGAUUCUGGACUACUUGGACCAAAACGGCAUCCCCGUCAACGCCACCACAUUCUCCCACCUCAUCACCGCCUGCGUCCGCACGAGGUCGUUGGACACCGGCAAGAAGAUCCACACCUAUAUUCGGAUCAAUGGACUCGAAACCAACGAGUUUCUGCGCCGGAAAUUGGUGAACAUGUACACGAGUUUCGGGUCGGUCGAUGAUGCACACAACUUGUUCGAUGAUAUGUCUAGCAAGAACGUGUACUCGUGGAACGCGUUGCUUAGAGGGACUGUGGUUGCGGGUGGGAAGCGGUACCGUGAUGUUCUCGAGACGUAUUCGGAAAUGAGGGGGUUGGGGGUGGAGAUGAAUGUGUAUAGUUUCUCUAAUGUGAUCAAGAGCUUUGCGGGCGCUUCGGCUCUUUCGCAAGGUUUGAGGACGCAUGGGCUGUUGGUGAAGAAUGGUUUCGUUGAUAGUGUGAUUGUUGGGACGAGUUUGAUUGAUAUGUACUUCAAAUGUGGCAAGAUUAAGCUUGCGCGCCAAGUGUUUGAGGAGAUGGGUGAGAGGGAUGUGGUUUUGUGGGGAGCUAUGAUUGCAGGUUUUGCGCAUAAUAGGUUGUACAAGGAAGCUUUGGAGCAUUUGAGGAUGAUGGUGGAUGAAGGGAUAAGGCCGAAUUCGGUUAUAUUGACUAGUAUUCUUCCUGUGAUUGGGGAAGUUUCGGCACGAAAGCUUGGGCAGGAAGCGCAUGCUUAUGUGCUGAAGACAAAGAGUUAUUUGAAGCAGGCAUUUGUUCAGUCUGCUUUGAUAGAUAUGUAUUGCAAAUGCGGUGACAUGGAGAUGGGAAGACGGGUGUUUUAUAGUUCAGUGGAGAGGAAUGCAAUUUGUUGGACUGCUUUGAUGUCGGGUUACGCUGCAAAUGGGAGGCUUGAGCAGGCAUUGAGGUCAGUCAUUUGGAUGCAGCAGGAAGGGUUUAAGCCGGAUGUUGUGACGGUUGCCACUGCCCUUCCAGUUUGUGCAGAGUUGAAGGAUUUGAAACGAGGGAAGGAGAUUCAUGCUUAUGCUGUGAAGAAUUGCUUCUUGCCCAAUGUAUCUAUUAUUUCUUCUUUAAUGGUCAUGUACUCUAAGUGUGGCGUCUUGGAGUAUUCUAUAAGAUUAUUUGAUGGUAUGGAGCAGAGAAAUGUUAUUACGUGGACAGCCAUGAUAGAUUCCCAUGUCGAAAAUGGGUACCUAGAUGAGGCACUUGGUGUCAUAAGGUCAAUGCUUUUGUCAAAGCACAGGCCAGAUUCGGUUGCAAUGUCAAGGAUGUUGGCUAUUUGCGGGGGACUAAAGAAUUUGAAGCUUGGGAAGGAAAUCCAUGCACAAGUUUUGAAAAAGAAUUUUGAGUCUGUCCAUUUUGUUUCUGCUGAACUAGUGAAAAUGUAUGGGCACUGUGGAGCAAUUGAUCAUGCGAAGUCAUUUUUCGAUACAAUUCCAGUCAAGGGUUCAAUGACAUGGACUGCAAUUAUAGAAGCUUAUGGAUAUGCUGGCAUGUAUCAAGAAGCUAUUAGUCUUUUUGAUCAGAUGAGAUCUAAUGACUUCACUCCGAACAAUUUCACUUUCCAAGUGGUUCUAUCUAUUUGUGACCGAGCUGAAUUUGUUGAUGAUGCUUGCCGUAUCUUCCAUUUGAUGUCUCGUACAUAUAAAACCAGGGUAUCUCAAGAACAGUACUCUCUACUCAUUGCACUUCUUACUCGAUCUGGCCGCAUUGAGGAAGCUCAGAGAUUUAUACAAAUGAGCUCAUCUUUAGUAUAACAGUAGAUAAUUGAACCUUCCCUUUUUAGGUACAAAUUUAUUAAGCUCAUGAAAAUUCUUUGUGAUUCUUAGUCUUCUGCUAUUUCGCACAUAGCAUAGCAUUUUGUUUUAUCAUGUAUUCUCAAGUAUCAUAGCAUUUUUGUUUUAUCAGGAGAUAAAUUCAUUGUAGGUGAGAAAAGUAGUAAUUGUUGUUUUUUAGACAAAUAUGUUGGAUCAAGUGCCUCAUUUUAUGUUGGUCAGUGCAGUAGUGGUUUGAAUAUAAGGCUGUGCUACAGGGAUAAAGGUAUUGCAGCUUUUGCUUAGACAGAGUUCUUAGUUCAUAAUCUUGGGGAUCCCAGUAGAUUAGUGAUUUUGGAUAUCCUGCUUGAAUUGAGAAUCAACAGCGAGUUUGAAAUUAUUUGUGUUUCCAGUACCAAUGAGAUUAAUGUAGUCGUGGCACUGCUUCUGCUAUUUUUGCUUAUAAUUAUAAUAAAACGAACGAGCAAGGCAUAAAUCUUAUGUUCAAGAACAAGCAAAUAGCAAAUAUGAAAGAGGACUACGGCUUCAGUUGAAACUGCAUGUUCUCUGUUAGUGAUGUCCAUCCCAUAUUGUUACUUGUUAAUUAUUUAGUCAGUUUCUCGGGCAUGGCUAUAAACGAACAGGUACUGUAUAUCGUGGUGUACAAUAAGUUUCUGCAUCAAAUCCUGAGGGAUUGGAAGAUAUCUGACUUCCCAAGUGAUUUUUUGUUUGGAGCCAUUACUGCUGCUGCACAGGUGAAAUUGAAGGAUGAGCAAAAGAAGCAGGAAGAGAGAUCAACCAAGUGUUUGGGACAACUUCGAUUGACACUUCCAGAAAGAAUUGAGGACCACUCUAACAUGUCUAGAGGCAUUGAUUCCUAAAGCUUGCACAAAGUAAAAUGUGAGAUUUUAAGGACCUUGGAGUUCAUUCUUACAGAUUUUCCAUCUCAUGGACUAUGAAUCUUCCUAACGGGUCCCUAAGAGAUGGGGUGAGCUAAAGGUAUUGAUGACUAUGACAGUUUGAUUGAUGAGUUCAUCGAGAAUUCCAUCGCACCCUAGAUGACCUUAUUGCCCAUGCACCACAAUCUUUGAAUGGAGGCUUUCUGAAAUCUGAAUCACUCUUUCAUGGAUGAUGUCAAGGAUUGCAGUGAAAUUUGUUUCAAAGUCUGGAGCAUAGAGAGAACUAGAUUACAAUAGCCGAACAUAUUGCCAACUGAAGGGGGCUGUGGGUUUAUACCUUAUGAUUCAGGCUUUGCUCACUGCCUACGAAAGACAAUACCUCAAGCACAUUCUGAUAUAGUACUAAGUGGUUCCCUAAAUUCCUAAAGGGUCAGAAAUUCUCACUGAAAUUGAUGUAUCCAACUUUAUGUUGAGUGGAAGGAGCCAAAAAGAAGACUGGUGUUGGUUGUACUUCUAAUGAGCGUUUCAAAUUAUCAAGGACAGCACUAAGUAGAGCUUUAUCAGUUAUCUGGACGGUGCAGAUAGCUUUUAUUUCUUGCUCUCUGUUCUAGCUAACCUUGUAACAUAAAAGUAUGACAGUAUAAUACUAAGUUGUGUCUA